UGAGCGAGGGUCAGAAGGUAGCUGUUUCAGGGGAACUCUAUAGUUUGGAUAUUCCAGGUAGAUACAGGACGUGUAUCAUCGCCCAGAUCUCUUAAUCUGCGGAAACACACACACACAGCUCCUCCGUGCCCAGCAGCAACCGACAGGCAUUUCUGGGAGGCCCAGAUCUCGGUGCCCGGCUUCCCCACUUCCGGCCCCGCCCCCUCACCCGCGGUUGCUAGGAGACGUGAUGUCACCGGAAGCGAGGCCGGGGAUAGGCUGAGGCGAGGGGAAGCCGCUCCCCUCUGCAACCUCGGCGCCCGGCGCUGGCUCUCCAGCUGUUUGUAGGCCCUGGGGCGAGGGUCCGCGCAGGGAGAGCGGCUGUGCCCGGGCCGCGCACUCGCGCCGGUCCGCCCGCUCCCGCCGCCCCUGCCCUGCCGCUGGGCCGUUGGGCCGCGGGGCCGCUGCGCCGGCGACUCCGGGGCGGCCGCCCUGCCUCUGCCUGCGAGGCUCCGUUCCCGCAGCCCGCGCUGCCCGCCACGUCCGCGCUCUCGGCCACCGGCGCUGCGCGGCGGGUGACCUUCCCCAGCCCAGCGCGAUGCCGGCUGCCUGCUCCGCGCCGGCCCGGCUGCCUCGGCGCCGCCGGUUCCCGCUCGUGUCGUGCCCGCCGCCGCGGCUGUCGCUGCUGCUGCUGCUGCUGCUGGCGGCCGCGGGGCCGGCGCGCGGCUGGGAGAGCGGCGACCUGGAGUUGUUCGACUUGGUGGAGGAGGUGCAGCUCAACUUCUACGAGUUCCUCGGGGUCCAGCAGGAUGCUUCAUCUGCAGACAUUAGAAAAGCAUAUCGUAAGCUUUCACUAACUUUGCAUCCAGACAAGAAUAAAGAUGAAAAUGCAGAAACUCAAUUUAGACAAUUGGUGGCCAUUUAUGAAGUUUUAAAGGAUGAUGAACGAAGGCAGAGGUAUGAUGAUGUUCUGAUCAAUGGCCUUCCAGAUUGGCGACAGCCUGUGUUCUACUACAGGCGGGUGAGAAAAAUGAGCAACGCUGAGCUGGCAUUACUCUUGUUCAUUAUUCUCACAGUGGGUCAUUAUGCUGUGGUUUGGUCAAUCUACCUGGAAAAACAACUGGAUGAGCUGCUGAGUAGAAAAAAAAGAGAAAGAAAAAAAAAGACAGGCAGCAAGAGCGUGGAUGCAUCAAAACUUGGUGCUUCAGAAAAGAAUGAAAGACUGCUGAUGAAACCACAAUGGCAUGAUUUGCUUCCAUGCAAGCUGGGCAUUUGGUUUUGCCUUACACUAAAAGCAUUGCCUCAUUUAAUCCAGGAUGCUGGGCAGUUUUAUGCUAAAUAUAAAGAAACAAGAUUGAAGGAAAAGGAAGAUGCAUUGACUAGAGCUGAACUUGAAACACUUCAAAAGCAGAAGAAAGUUAAAGUAAAAAAACCAAAACCUGAAUUUCCUGUAUAUACGCCUUUAGAAAGUGCCUAUAUUCAGUCUUAUGAUCAUGGAACUUCUAUAGAAGAAAUUGAGGAACAAAUGGAUGAUUGGCUGGAAAACAGGAACAGAUCACAGAAAAAACAGGCACCUGAAUGGACAGAAGAGGACCUCAGCCAGCUGACAAGAAGUAUGGUUAAGUUCCCAGGAGGGACCCCAGGUCGAUGGGAAAAGAUUGCCCAUGAAUUGGGUCGAUCGGUGACAGAUGUGACAACCAAAGCCAAGCAACUGAAGGACUCAGUUACCUGCUCCCCAGGCAUGGUUAGACUCUCGGAGCUCAAGUCAACAGCUCAGAGCUGCAGGCCCGUCAAGACCACCGCGGCCUUGCCAGAUGACAUCAUCACCCAGCGAGAAGAUGCCGAGCAGGCCGUGGAGGAGGAGGAGCAGGAGGAGGAGCAGGGGGAGGAGGACGAGCAGGAGGCCGCGGUCCAGGAGAGCCGGCCGCGGCGGCGGAGGCCAGCCAGGCUGCCGGAGGCGACGGCCAGGGCCGAGCCCGAGGAGAGGGUGAGAGGGAGGAGGCAGAAGGACUUUGACGCGGCGGAGCACAAUGAGUCCAGCGACGAGGAGAGCCAGAAAAGAGAGAGAACGCGUGCCGCAGAGGAGCCGUGGACUCAGAAUCAACAGAAACUUCUGGAAUUAGCAUUACAGCAAUACCCAAAGGGAUCCUCCGACCGCUGGGACAAAAUAGCCAAAUGUGUGCCAUCUAAGAGCAAGGAAGACUGUAUCGCUAGAUACAAGUUGCUGGUUGAACUGGUCCAAAAGAAGAAAGAAGCUAAAAGCUGAAUAUUCCGGAAGGUGAUGUCCACCUUCAUUUUCCAAAAUGAUUAUUUGAAAAAUCUUACGCAGAAAUUUGCAUUUUGUACCUCAGUAUUUCUAUACGUUAUGUGCCUUAGUAAAGAAAUAAAAAAAAUUAAAAAUUAA